AUGCCGUCCAAUGCUGCCCAACGACAACGUGAUGGCGAAACGCGAGCCAAUACCACGCCUACUGUGAAACUGUGGGACGGGCACAAACGAAUAGCAGUAGAAUGGACAGGACUACACAGGGAGCCCAAACUGUGGACUGCCAAAGGCGAUUGUCUUGUUUAUUUGUACGGCAAGGGCCACUGUAAUGCAGGUGCUUCGUUUCGCAUCGACUUUAGUGCCUUGGUCAGGAAACGAUGCUAUGCUUUCGUCAAAAAGUACGUUGACUGGCAAGGCCUUGAGUUCGCCCUGCCCAAGACCGACGACGACUGGGAUCGAUUUUACCCUAAACGAAUGGUGUCAUUGUAUGUACCAGCCGCACCGGGCAGCACACGAUCGGAAAUAUCACAACAGCAUCUUUCAAUCCGCAACUUCCUAGCAUGGGUGACAGGGCUGCCACUGGUUGGAACCCACCUCGGCGGCGAGAUUCUGGCUUUGUUUCGAAACAUGGUUCUUUACCGACCGUUUGACACGGACUCUACCACAGAUCUGUUGGCGUAUCUUGAAUGCGCUGGAUACCUGGACAUUGUAGCACAGCAAAAUCAUGCUCUUGCCGUUUUAUACGUCGCCGAAUCUCUGCGACAGCGAGAUCUAUACACCCGCGCAUUUGUACACUGCGUAGGGUUGGGGGAGCGCCUGUAUCAGAGCACUGAAUACACGAAAAUCAGCCUUGUCUCAAGAAAACUUAUCAGAACUGCGAGCCAUGAUCUAAAGGCCAAGCUAGAUGGCGCUGUUGAAGAUCUCGGCUCAUUUCUCGACGAGGAGCUGUCAGAAAGUCGACUUGGCCUGCCUCAUGGUGUCCGUGCUCACCUCGACAGAUUUCGCAGCGCUCUAUCGACUUUCUACACGGCCAAAUUUGGUUAUUUCCCGCCUCGGGACUUUGACGCCAAAGCCGUCCAGGCGAUGUCGGAAGAUUUUGAGGCCUUGUACGACCUUCUGGUAGAUGACGGCGCCGGAACGCCUGGCAUGGUCGGAGGAAACAACGGCGGCGGACUGUGCAUGUUGCAGAUCAUUCGUACUUUCGACAGCCGCAACUCGUUUGAGACACGUCAGCACCCUCUGCCUCUUCUCCCGACUGCAUCCGAAGUCCUUCGCAAGACGCGCCGCAUGCCGUGGCUUGGUCGCGGAGAGAUGGAGAAGCCGACCAAUCGACUUGUCGCUCAUACAGCGCUGAUCAAAGCAUCCAACUGGCGCGAAUCUUCCUUCAAGAAUGGCCUCGUGCGAAUGUAUCGAGACUUUGAAGGCAAAUCCUUGGAACCGUCCGCCAACAAGAUGGACAAAUCAGAGAAUGUAUCCAUCACCGAUGCCCGCAAGGUGCGCUGGAUCUUGAUCUAUGCCAUGUGCCAGGUUCUGCGCAACAUCUCAAAACAGGUGCCGCAAGUGGCCGGCGAGCGGGCACCUUAUUUUCUCAGUGCGUCCGCGGCCGACCUCCCGCCUUGGAACACGGCCAUCGACACAGGAAUGGACGUUCCCAUUUUGAACAGCGCGUUGCCGACCAUGCCUGAAUGCGCCGACGAACCUUGGCAGCCCAGAUUUGCCGACGGAAUGGAGAUAAAACCUGACGUUGAUUAUUUUGCGCUGACGCACGGUGCUGAACGCCAACGACCAGAAAAGCUGGGGCGCAGGCAGUCUAUGCCAGUGACACAGGCUACAGUGUCACCGACGACUCUGUCGCCGUCAAAGCCGGGGACGGGUAAUGCCAUUGCGCGUCGGUCAACAAUACGAAACUCCAUCAGGCGACGACUUCGCCCAGGCUCUGCAAGCUCUGCAACUGCCCCCUCAUUCUCCCCCACCAAGAGCGCCUACCACGAGAUUGUGAUUCAUGGUUAUGGGAAUGGAACCAACGACGUGAAGCUUGAGCGGCGCAACACUGUGGGUUGUGACAACUCUGAGGCUGGCAGGAUCCCUUCCGCAAGCCUACCAAGCCACCCGCGUCUCCCAAACAUUACCUCGCCGGCUUUCAAGCAUGAACCGACCCCGGCACAGAGCCGCCGUAGCUCCAAUAGGAGUAGCAACGCCAGCUCCAUUGGAACCCUGGACUCGCAAGCUGCAUCGGGCUCGGCCUCGCCUGCGACCAUUAUCACCCCCGAGUUUGAGCAAACCGCGGUGGAGCCCAUCAUUGUUCGCAACUCUUCGCACAAGAGCCUCACCCAGCGCUACCCGAUGAAGUCGGUGCUGGAAACCAUUGGCCGCACCUCGAGUAAGCGUCGCGGGUCGCUCGCCGGCACCGCAGGCCAAGAGCUGCCGCUGCCGCCCACGUCGCAGCAGCAGCAGCAACCGCCAUUCACUAGCGGUCUGUCUCGGGCCGUGAGCGUGCGCAAGAGCUUACUGCCGGAGAGCUGGACGCUGGCGGGGCGCACAGCGACGUUUGAGCAAGAUAUUAAUGAGGAGGACGAGGUGGUGACGCUGCAGUCGGAAGCGGACGAGUGGGUUGCGAUGCAAGCAUUCUUGGACGACGACGACGAGCUGGACGGGAGGAUGGCGCACAAGGGAGCCACGCCGGGAUGGGAGCAGUAUAACGACCUUGGUGGUUUGACUGAAGUUCGAUGA